UCCGUCUCCUUCACCCUGGACCUCCAUGUUCCCGCACUUAUAACUCGUCAACCCACUCAGGCGGUGGUCCAGUGCCGGUGAAGGGUUGGAGUGUUUCGUACGGGUACUCUCUUGAGAAAGUAUAUAACAUUGUAAUGGCUCCAACUGUUGCAGCACCGGCUCCAGCCUCGCCGGCAGAUGGUGGUAUCAACGCUGUGCUGCUGGGGCCUCCUGGCUCUGGCAAGGGAACACAGGCCCCCAGGUUAAAGGAACGGUACUGUGUUUGUCACUUAGCAACGGGUGAUCUUCUCCGGGCUGAGGUGUCGUCUGGGUCUGAACUUGGUCAACAAAUAAAGGGAAUCAUGGAUGCAGGAAAAUUAGUCAGCGAUGAUUUGGUGGUAAACAUGAUUGAACAAAACCUCGCGAAGCCUGAAUGUAAGAAGGGUUUCAUCCUUGAUGGUUUUCCUCGCACUGUCACCCAGGCUGAGAAGCUUGAUGAUAUGUUGGAUGUACGAAAACAGAAGCUGGACUCUGUAAUAGAAUUUGGUAUUGAGGACAGUCUCCUGGUGCGGCGCAUCACUGGCAGACUUUUCCACCCUCCAUCUGGUCGCUCCUAUCAUGAAGAAUUCUAUCCUCCCAAAACGCCCAUGACUGAUGAUAUUACUGGGGAACACCUAAUCAGGAGGUCAGAUGACAACCCUGAGACACUGUUACGAAGGUUGGCAUCUUACCAUAAGCAAACAUCCCCGCUUGUCAGCUACUACGCCAAAAAAGGCCUUCACCACCGGAUAGAUGCCUCCCGUCCUGCAGCUGAAGUUUUUGCUACAAUUAAUACUAUCUUUGAAAAUGCUAAGAGUAAGGACAUAGUGAUGUUUCUAUAAGGACCAGAGUUUGCAUCCAGUAUAGGUGUGCAGUAACAAGUGAUCAUAGUUAGCAGAUGUUCCAUUCAAUUCCUGAGACAACCAGCAGAUUUGACUGCCAUUAAUAAAAGUUUUGAAAUUUGGGUAAGGAAUGGUGUAGUUGCUAUUUGCAACUGCCUUCAACCAGCGGAUAUAACUGCCAGUGUGGUUAAGGAUGAUUACUGUUCUGUAAAGUUAAAGACAGCAAGAUAGGAUAAGGGAGCUCUAAUUUAGCCUAAAACUUUGAUAUUGGACAUUACAACAGUAUCUACACUUAAUCAGAAGUAUGUACAUAUGUGUAUAAAUAUUUGUAGAUAAAUAUCUAUAUAUACUGUACUGAUCUACAUUGAUACAGUGUACAAAGUGUAAGUUCAGUUGUUUUUGUUUUUAUAUUCAUUAUGUGGAACUGCUUUCUCCCAUAUUUUUUACUUAGAUGUUAUUACAUAAUUAUUGUAGGCUAGAUGUUGGGAAAACAUAGUAGUUAUGGGCAAUACUGAACUGGAGAUGAUUAUGGAGUGGUUCAGAAGGUUAGCUGUAUGUAAUCUUAACUUGUUCUGUCUGCAUUGAACAGCAUUCAGUGAUACCUUGUACAAAAAGUUUUCCUGUUCUUAGUGAGUAUAAUAAGAUUUGCUUAUUUCCUUGUAUGUAAAUAAGAAUUUAUAAUGUACAGGGAGAAUGGGGUAAGAUGUCUGACAGACAGCUAUAUUUUUAUUCUAGUAAACAGUGAUUGAAAA